UUCAACUGGUGAAAAGUUGAAACCUUUAAACAGAUUUCAAAUUUCUUAAAUAAUCAUUUAAACCCUAUUGAAAAAAAUCUGUUGUAUUGGACGAGACAAAACAGCUCGGAUUUGACUUAAAUUGAAAAUAGGUUUGCAUGAUCAAACAAAAAUGAUUUAGCAGAGACUUAGUAAUAUCGGAGUGAAAUUGUUACAUACAUGUAGUGUGAUAUGUUAUUGGAUAUAUUAUCAAUAAAUUAGCAAUUAGUACGUUUGUGAUAAGGUUUUUACGGAAGUGUGGUAUAUUGUCUAGAUUUUUAUCGCCGAGAUAAGAUGAAGGUUUUGGCAGGGUAUGAUUUACGCUGAACAGCUGCUGCUUGCUAGUGUAUACAAGGAAGACUAGAAAGAUUCGGCUAGAGCCAGUGCAUAUACUUAUAUAUAUAUAAUAUAAAACUGUCUCAAUACGUUAAUGAAUAGAAAGUACAGUCUGUGAUUCUAAUUUAUGACCAAAUAUAAAUAUUAUCAAUUUAAUGAUUUUUUGUCUACCAAGAUAAGUGAAAUAACGUUUUCAAUGUCUGUAACUAUAAAGAAGCUUAUAAUGGAAAUACUAAAUGGUUCCUAGCUUGCAUCUAUACGCCUGGGAUAACUUACUAAUAAGCCGACUACCCGUGACUUUGAAUGAAUAAUUUAUUUCAGAUUGUAAUUAAAUAAAAGCGAAAGUAGUGCCAAACUAAAAUCAUUAUCAUCCUAGUUUCUAGUAAUAUAAUUUACACAUAUCAAAGGCUCGUUAAGAGAGUAAGUCUUGUCUGUAUAGGAUAUACUUUAUUGAUUCUCACAGCACAUCGUUCUCAUAGACUUUGUGUUAAACAUUAACCAGACGCGUGCUUCGUGUAAAACUUGGAACUAUUUUAAGAAUUGAUAAUGUUUUUACAUCUCGGGAAUCUAGUAUUGUGCUGCCAAGUAGCUGGUUAAGAGAAAUUACGGAAGCUGAAUUUUUUCAAAGUUAUUUUUUUGCGAUAGAUGGAUCAUGGUAUUAUUGGUUUAUGUCAGGUCUUAUACUGUUCGCUGUAAUAUUGAUAUCUGAUUAAGUUAGACUGACAGCGGAGUAACAAUAACCAGUAAUUUUCUGCUAUUUUUGUCGCUCUUUUUUUCUAUCGAAUUGUGCUCAUUGAUUCCGCUCAUUAAUACUUGAUCAGGAGAGAACAUAUGCGAGAAAAGCCAAACUUAAUCAACAAUAAAGUGUUAACCGCGGCUGUUCUGCUGAUCGUCAGUUCGUGAUUAUAUCUGGAAUAUUUCAAACGCCGGAAUUUACUCUUAUAUAUAAAAUAUAUUGGAGUAGAUAGGCCUAAAGGUGCGCUGCUUGAAAAGUGAGGCGAAGUAGAAAAUUCUCCAAGAUACGUACGUUAAUUAAAUCUGAAGCAUAAAACAUGUAAAACCGUUCUGUUCUAAUUUUUUUCUCUGUGCAGUUUAAAAUUUCAUAUUUGUAACUAUAUACAUGAUAAAAGGGAAAUAUUAAGAUCAGGGUGGAUUAUAGAAUGUGUGUUACACGGUGAUAUUACUCCUGUAGAUGGCGAUGUUUGAAUGGAUUGUGGAAUGUCUAGUUUCCGAUACCUACUCUUUACAGCACUACUGUUCCAAGCGUUCGUGAUGACCCUUGGAGUAGGGGACGGCGAAGAGGAUUGUAUCGGCUUUGCCGGCCAGGCGCCGAUACAAUGUUACGAGUGUAUGUCUGUGACGGAUGACCAUUAUUGUGGGGACCCCUUUAACGAAACAAAUCCACAGCAUCAAAGUAAACGGUGUAAAGAAUACUGUGUAAAAUGGACCAGAAAAACGCUUAGUGGAAAGACUUUGAUUCAGAGAACGUGUUCUAGUAAACUGGAGAUAAAGUUACGAAAAACGCCAGUUUGUAUUCACGAGUCACGUCCAUCCGAGGGUAUGUUGUGCUUCUGUAAUGAAGACCACUGUAACUCAGCUGUCACGAUAACAAAUAGAAACUUCAUCAAAAUUAUCGUUCUUGCCUUUAUAGUUAUAGUAUGCAAUAUUCGGUGAAAACGGCUAGUGAAAAUGACAUUAAAAUUUGCUCAAAAGUAAGUUUGGCAAAUUUGCAGGAAAACCAAGGAUGUAACUAUUAUUAUAACAGACAUAAAUGUGUUCAGUCUAUGAAUUCAUAGGUAUGAAAAAUAGUGUACUAGUAAUUUAGAUUAGUGAGAUAAUCAUGUGUUAUUCAACUUUACAUGAAUCAAGGAUACGAUGGAUUAAUUGAUUAUACAGACACCUGUCAAAGAACGUCAUUUUGGAUAUGUCGUUUAUCAGAUUUACAUCAAUCAGUGACAGCUACAAUAACUAAGAAGCCUUUGGAGGAAACACUUGUUAAAUUACAAAGUGCAAACAUGUUAAUAAGUGGCUGUAGCAAUAGAUACAAAAACAAUUACAACAUAAUUUGGAGUGUAUUGUGAACGUUCAAUCAGAUAUAAUGUUUCAUGUUAAAAAAGAUAUUCAAAUGAUCACAAUACAAUACAGCAUAAUGCAGAAAGAUGUGUACAAGCGGUUGAUAAAUCACCAUCGUGUAUAUACAUAUAUAUUAACCCCCAAUAAUCUGAUGGUAUAUCCUAAUGGCAUUAUAUGCCAAAAACUAUUCAAGUCCACUAUGCAAAAUAGUCAUAGAAAAACAUACUAGUUGGCAUAGUUGUGCAUGCUUAUUUAGAGAAUGUUACUACUUUACAGAUAGAACAAAAAGGUUGACAUUCUGUUGAGAUUUUGCUGCUGGGUGUCCACCAGAUAUACAGUAGAGAAUAGAGACCAGUCUCAAAACUUGUUAACUGUUAUUUAUCAUUGCUCAAAACAAUUCACUUAUGAAGUUAAAAUUUUGAAACUGGUCUCCAUUCUGAAAAUAUAUUGAUGUGUUUAAAAAGAUCAAAUGCUAAUUUUAAAGGCACUUUAUGUCUCAGAAAGGAUUUUUUUCUUUCAUUAUGAAAGACAAAAAUGGGUUAAUAAUGUUCAAGUAGUGGAUUUUGAGCACUUUAGAGCUUAUUGCCUGAACAAAGAAGCGCUGAAUGUGAAAUUAUUUUUCAUAAAUUUUUCAUAAUGGGCCUUAAUGUUAACAAAACAACAACGUGGUAAAAGCUGUGUUUGGCAAGAACUGGUUUGUAAAUCUCCAAUAUCCUUGGGUCAUCAACUUGUAUAUAGUGUUUAUUUAUUAUCACAAACUAUUGAAAAUUAGCACAACGAAUUUUAAUAUCAGCUUUGUUAUUUAAUCCAAAAAUUAGAUAAAAUAGCUAUACAUGUUUUGCAUGAAAGUACAUUUAAUUCAAAAUUGAUUUUUGUCUGGUCUUAUUUGCUUGGGUUAUUGAUUGGAUUUGCUUCUAUACAGCAAUACAUAUCAAUAGUAAUGGGCACUUGAUAUAUAGCAGUCAUAAUAUUUUCGGUGCCUAAUCUUUCAAUAUUCAGAAAUCAUUUAUUUUAUUCUCAGACAUGAAAUGAAAAAGAUGUUUUGCUUUGUAUUAGUGUAAAAACUGUACAUUUGCAAUGAAACUAUUACUUAGGUCUAAACUUUGCUUUUUUAUGAUUUAAUGAUUUUUUUAUGUGCUGCAUAAAUUCUCAUCAUUUAAACGUUGACACUUUUAUAUCUGAAUAUUUUUAUUUGUCUAAGGAAACUUAUUUAAAGAUAACUGAUACUGGUUCUCAUAUAAUUAACAUUUUAAUCCCUAAUUUAAUCUGAAUGUAGUGCGACAAUGGAAAACUCACGUGUAUAGCACAUCUUUCUUGCUAAAUGAAGUAUCAGAGUAAAUAUGGUAAUGUCUUAGAACUUUACAUAUAUAUAAGCACCAUUGUAUUUUUUUCUCUUUUAAUCUUUGCACUUCUAUACUUUUUAGCGUAUUCAACAACUUUAUAUUCUGUACAACUUGAAUUAUAACACACAUUUUAUAUACAUGUUCUGUACGAACAUUCGUUAGAUAUAUUGUUAAAAGUAACAUAUUAUGCACAUGCAAGUGUACAUGAUCAGUGAACAAGUUAGACUCAAAUCAACUUGACAUUUUGCAAAAAUUGUGUUAAGCCACAUAACCAAUGAAAAUUCCUAUAAAUAUCGUUCAGAAUGUUUGGUAAUGCUCAAUGUUAAAAAAGAGUGGAGACAGUCUUUUUAGCUCACCUUGCACAAAGUGCAGGUGAGCUUUUAGGAUGGCCAACCAAAUGGCGUCCGUCUUCCGUCCACAUUUUAAAUAUUCUAAGGACAUCUUCUAUGAUACCGCAAGGCCAAUGUUAAUGAAACUUGGCAGGAAUACUCUUUGUAUGAAGCUCUAUCAAGAUUGUUCAAAGAAUUCCAUUUCAUGCAGAACU